AUGGCUAUCAUCAAGAUCGCAAUAAUAACAGGCGGCACGAGCGGCAUUGGCCUCGACGUCGCCCAAAGACUCGACAGCACCGGCAACUGGAAGAUCCACAUAAUCGGCAGCAACAAGCAACGCGGCGAAGACGCCGCAUCGCCACUGAAAAACACAACCUUCCACCAAGCAGACGUAUCCAGCUACCAAGCGCAAGCCGUCGUCUUCGACAAGAUCUUCGCCGAGUCCGGGCGUCUGGACUUGGUCUUCGCAAAUGCCGGCAUUGCACACCCCGCCGCCCCAUUUUACGCCAAGCAAGACGAAACCAGUAUCCCGCCGCAGCCUGAUGUUGAUGGCGUUCUCGGCAUCAAUUUGGAUGGUGCCAUUUACACGAGUUAUUUGGCGAUGCAUUAUUUCCGUAGAUGCCCGCCAUCCGAGAACGGGAGUAGACAUCUUAUUUUGACGUCGAGUAUUGGGGGUUUAUAUCCCUGUAUGAAUGCGCCGAUUUACGUGGCAACGAAGCAUGCAUUGGUUGGGUUUACACGCUCUAUGGGUAAGAAACUUCGGGAGGAAGGGGUCAAGAUGAAUGCAAUUUGCCCGGGCGUGGUCGAGACUCCCUUGGUGACACCUGAGAUCAAAGCGUUUUUUGAUGAGAGAAUCGUCAUUCCCAUGUCUGAAGUGACUGAUGUAGUGAUGGAGAUGAUGGCUGGAAAAGCCAUGGUCGACUCUCAAGGCACGACUAUUCCUGGGGAGGAGUUGUAUCAGCGGGCGAUCUUGAUCUCUGGGAAGAAUCAUUACUUUGUUGAGAUGCCGGAGAUCUACGAUGAGGAGACGCGUAUCACUUGGAACGGAAUGAUGAAUUAA